CAUCCUCUGAAGGCACUUGCAAUCACCCUCUUAUCCAUUGUUCCACACGCUGCUGACGUCGAACGCCUCUUCUCGGAUAUGGGUAGCACUCAGUCUCCGAAGCGCUGCAAUCUCUCGGUAGACACAUUUGAAGCACUGGCAAAGAUUCGAGCGAAUCUUCGCUACCACUGUAAGGAUUCAUAUCCUUUACGCCCCGACUAUAACUUUACAAUGAGACACACGGACACAUGUCCCGUCAGCCACGUGACGUACUGA